AUGGCUGCGGCAGAUGGAGGCUUGCCGCCAUCGGCGUCCAUCAUGUCUCUCAAUAGCAAUGCCAACGGCGCUGCAGGCUCGCGCGCGGGCAUCAGUCGUUUCCCUAUUGCUCUGAUCAGGGCCUACCUGGAACUACUGCUGCCGGUGGUUAUGGCAGCUACACCAGCCGCCCUUGAAGAAUCGCUUUUCUCCUCUUCCCUUGGCGAUGUCGACGAAGACGCCAAAGGGGACGGCUGGCAUUCCGUCGCAUUUGCAUUCGCCACGGAUCCGUCCACUAUGACAGUGUACAUCGACAAGGUCAGAAGAGAUACCAGUGGGUCCGGUACCGAUGGUGAGUGGCGCUGCAUUGGCUCAAGCAAGCUAAGAGAGAUCCGCCAAGCUCAAUGCCGGCCCGCUCAUGCUCUACCGCACAGGACUCUUCGAGUAUCGAUUGGAUACACACCCUACGUAUAGCCCGCGACACGUAUCUUCGAUAGCUUUGAUCAAGCGCGCAGGUGCUCUCGAUCCGGCACUUCCCCUUCAGCAGCAGGUUCACGUUCUAUCCCUGUUCGGUCCCGCAUCUGAAGCGGAUAGGCAUGCCAGCGGUGAGGGCAUCGCCGCCGCGCCUGAGCUAGGCCGUGAAGAUGGUCGAGGCGGAGAAGAGGAGGGCAUCACGAUCAACAUUCGAGAGUCUCCGUACGAAGCUUUGCAUUCGGUGGUGCACCACGUCAUGGCGCCUUGGUUUGACGCGUAUGUCAGCAGCAAGGAAGACGACUCGAAGACUUCUGCAGCCAAGACGGCCAAGCCGAAGAGCAAAGAUGCAGAUGCCAGAAUAGGUGCGUCUUUGCGCGUUGUUACCUCUCUCGAGACAAGCUAACGUGAUGCCACCUUCACGUAGGUGUGCCCAUGGCCAAGCGAAAGUUUGCAGAGCUGGAGCUCAGCCUGCUGCACCUGCAGCAGAACGUCGAAAUUCCAGAAGUGUAUCUGAGCUGUCACCCUCAAGUCCGUGCGACAGUCGAGAGGUGUCAAGCAGCAAAAAGCAAGGCAACUGUGGAAGAGGUGCGCCCGAGCUCCCUCCUGCAGGACAGCACGUUUCUCAACCAACUGCAAUCGGACGUGAACAACUGGGUGAAAGAGGUGCAGUUGGUUACACGCCUCGAUCGCGAUGUCAGCUCCGGUACUGCGUCACAAGAAAUCAAUUUCUGGCUUUCCAUGGAGCGCGCGCAAGAUCACAUUGAGCAACAGCUGCGAUCCGAACCAAUCACCCUCACGCUUGAUAUCUUAAAGCACGCCAAGCGCUUUCACGCGACGGUCUCUUUCCUGGCCGACACUGGCCUUAAGGACUGCACCGAAAAGGUCCAAGCCUACAACAUCCUUAUGAAGGAAUUUCCGCUUGACAGCCUGUUGUCAGCCACUGACUUUGACAAGUGCAUCGACGCCGUGCAAGCUGUCUUCAAUCACCUCAACAAGAAGAUGCGCGUAAGCCCAUACCCAGUCAAACGCGCCCUUCCGCUGGUCGAAGCCAUUUCGCGCGACGUAAACGACGCCGUCCUCAAGAUUUUAGGUGCUCAACGGGUGAUGUAUCAAGACUUCUCGCGGUUCUGCGACACGAUGCAAGGAGCUGGAGAUGUCUUUGCAACGUGGGAUGACGUAAUGCGCGAGUUCGUCAAUAUCGCACGUGAAGUCACGCGCAAGCGCUCGGAAAAGUUCAUGCCCAUCAAGAUCAAUCCUGCACAUGCAAAGCUGCGGGAGAGACUCAAUUACUUGAGCGCGUUCAGGUAAGCACCGGUUUUACGCUCGUCAUGCGGCAGUGACUGACCUGGACGCCAUCGAAUACCCCAGAAAAACGCAUGAACAGCUGCGUGUCAUGGUCACUUCAGGGCGGGGAAUCGCUCUAGCCGCGAGCGGUAGCCAGACAGGUCUCAACACCAGCGGCAUCGCCAGAACUCAGGCGAGUGCCCACGCCUUUUCUGGAAUACAAAUGGCCGACGAAAUCACAGACGCAUUUGACGUCGUCAAAGUUGUGGACGUUCUCGACGUUACCGAUGAGGGUACUGCAAUCUGGUCUGCGGCCGAAAGCGCUUACAACGAGCGCGUGGCGCGUGUGGAAAAUGGCCUCAUUGCAAGACUCAGAGACUUGCUCGGCCAGGCUAAAAACGCUCGGGAAAUGCUCAGAGUCUUGAGCCAAUUCAACACUCUAUUCGUGCGCCCCAAGGUCCGCGGCGCUGUACAAGAGUAUCAACAGCAGCUCCUCAACAGCGUGAAGAGCGACAUAGCAGGUCUGCACGACAAAUUCAAGGCUCAAUACCGUCCUUCGGAAGCCAAUCACAUGUCUCAACUGCGCGACAUCCCUGAAAUUGCGGGUGCGAUCAUUUGGGCUAGACAGAUCGAAAGACAGCUCAUGGUGUACAUGAAGCGUGUCGAAGACGUGCUUGGAAAAGGCUGGGAGCUAUAUGCCGAAGGCCAGAAAUUGCGAUCUGAAAGCGAGACAUUCAGUCGCAAGCUUGAUACCCGUCCCCUUUUCGACGGGUGGCUGCACGACAUCAACAGGCGCGACAUGACCAUAUCCGGACGUCUCUUCGAGGUUUCUCGAAAUCGUGCCACUGGCCAGUAUUCCUUGGGAGUCAAUUUUGACCCUCAAGUCAUAGCGCUCUUCAAGGAAGUCAGACAUUUGUCUUGGCUUGGAUUCCAAAUUCCGCACCUGAUCAACAACUUGGCGCGCGAUGCAAAGCGCGUCUAUCCGUACGCAGUCAGUCUGAUGGAAACCGUCCGAACUUAUAAUCAGACAUGCGCACAAGUUCGGGAGCAUCCCAGAAUCGCUUGCCUGCUUGCAAGAACCCAGACCGACGUCCACAAUCUGAUCACAUCGGGCACUACACUGCGGUGGGAGCACUUCGCGAACGCGUACGAGAGUCAUCGAGCGAUUGCAGCCUACUUGCCAGCUUCGUCAACUGCAGGUGACGGGCUGCGAGACAACAAGCAAGUCAGCUAUGUGAGGGCUUUUGCUAGCGCUGUGAGCGUGUUCCAAGAUCAGACCAACGCACUCAUCAACAUGAAUGGCGAGACCUCCAUCUUGGUCGACGAGCUGGCAAGCUGCACCUACACCCGCUCGGCUUUUGCAGAGAGGCUUGCCAAAAUCCAGAAGACCAUCGAUCGUCUCAAUCUAGACGGAUACCCAAAUCUUGACGACUGGGUUGCCGAGCUCGACGCGCGGAUAGAGCAGGUCCUCAUGGAGAGGCUGCGCCUGAUAUCCAUAGCUUGGUGCGAAGAAUUUGCGCGAAGCGAAGAGACUCGGGAAGGUGGAAGUGCAGGUGCGGCACACCGCGAGAAUGGAGCUCCUGGGGGGCGCCACCGCCGUCGCGAUGUCAAAGAAACCCGACUCUCUCCGGCUGAGAAAGUGAGUAUAAAUUGACGGUCAUGCCAGGCGGACCAGUCGCUUCAGCUGAACGCCGCUUUGUCACCGCCGCUUUGCGCAGGCCGCGCUUGAACGCGAUCAUGUCGAGCUAUCACCCGUCACACACGAAAUCAGAAUUAGGAACCAAAUCAUCUAUCUGGAUCCGCCUAUCGAACACGCUCGAGCCAGCUGGUUCACCCAACUUCAUGACGUCUUGGGAGUAGCUUGCGGCUUGCGUCGCGUACAGAGCGCACGCUACGAGAUGGGCGUACAGAUGCAAAAGCUUGCUAGGGAUGUUACGACCGCCGACGUCACGUACGCUGGACUGUUGACCCGCUUCGAGGACACUACUUUGAGCCGGCCUUUCGCUCUUAUCGAAGCGAAGGUACAGGAGGUCGGCCGCUACGUCGCCAAAUGGCUGCGAUUCCAAAACCUCUGGGACCUUGAAGCCGAGCAUGUCUAUGCUACUCUGGGCGAUUCGCUCGCUCGAUGGCAACAGCUGCUGGCUGGUAUUCGCAAGACGCGAGCAACUUUCGACACCUCUGAUACUCAACGAUCCUUCGGAAUGGCGGUCAUAGACUACGAGCAAGUUCAAAGUAAAGUCAACGCAAAGUACGAUGCUUGGCAGCGCGAUGUGCUCAAUCGUUUCGGAACAAAGCUGGCUGCAGAGAUGCGCGAGACGUAUGCAGCCAUUCGCAAAGCCAGAUACGAUUUGGAGCAGCACAGCAUCGAAUCCAGCUCCACUGCGCAAACCGUCACUUUUAUCACGUUUGUCACGGACUUGAAGAGGCAGACCAAGAAGUGGUCACCUCAGAUGUCCAUCUUCGCCACUGGUCAGAAGACUUUGGAGCGUCAGCGCUACAUGUUCUCGCAAGACUGGUUAUAUGCAGAUCAGGUGGAAGGUGAAUGGAGCGCAUUUAACGAGAUCCUGGCUCGCAAGAACUCCAGCAUUCAGGAGCAGCUUGCAGGGCUACAAAUGAAGAUUAUCGCCGAGGACAAGAUUGUGUCUGACAAGAUCGCGGUGCUGGUUACGGAGUGGGAGCAGCAAAAGCCAAUAGAAGGCACGCUUAAAGCGGACACGGCCUUGAAUACGAUCAGCCUCUUCGAGGGCAGGGUCGCUCGUCUGUGCGACGAUCGCGAUCUCGUCAUUCGUGCGAAGGAGGCCCUGGACUUGGAGCACACUCCGGACGAUCGUGUUGAGCCCGUACAGGAGGAGCUUCGUGACCUCAAGGCAGUAUGGACCGCCCUCUCGGGCACGUGGAGCCAGCUGUCUGAACUUCGUGAUAGCAGCUGGAACAACGUGCAACCUCGCAAACUCAGACAGCAGCUUGAUGGUCUGCUCACCCAAACAAAGGAUAUGCCAAGUCGCAUGCGCCAAUAUGCGGCUUUCGAGUACGUCCAGAACAUUCUUCGAGACCUGCUCAAAUCCAACGCGCUGAUCUCGGAACUAAAGUCAGAAGCGAUGCGCGAGCGCCAUUGGCGAGCUUUGUUCAAACAACUUCAAGUGUCCACGCCCUACUCCCCCACCUCGAUGACGCUAGGCAUCGUGUGGGACUUGGGUCUGAAGCGUCACGAGCAAGCCAUCAAAGCGGUCAUUAUGCAAGCACAGGGGGAGAUGGCCCUGGAAGAAUUUUUGAAGGAAGUGCGUGAGCGGUGGACCAGCUAUGAUCUCGAUUUGGUCAACUAUCAGAAUCGCUGCCGAUUGGUCCGAGGAUGGGACCAACUCUUCCAGAGCGCAGGCGAUCACCUGUCCGCUCUUAAAUCCAUGGCAAAUUCGCCUCACCACAAGGUCUUUGAAGAAGAAGCAGCUCUCUGGGAGAGUCGCCUUUCUCAGGUGUCCGCCCUGUUCGAACUCCUUCGCGAUGUCCAGCGACGUUGGGUGGAUUGCGGAGGGAUAUUCAGUGGCCCUGAAAUGCGGCACAUCUUGCCGGUAGAGUAAGUCGGCGCCGUCGUCUGCAGUGAUGACCCAUCCACACUAACCGGACUCCAACCCGCGCAGAACAUCUCGCUUUCAAGUCGUUGAUACCGAGUUUCUCACCAUUACGAAGCGUAUCAACAAAUCUCCCUAUGUACUGGAUGUGAUCAACAUCCCCAGCAUCAACCAGUCUCUUGAUCGCUUACACGAUCUGUGCGUUGAUGUGUUUGCAGUAAUGCUCUGUAUAAUCAAGCCGCUGACGGUCCCGAGUGCCACAUUCUUGCGAUCACAGGCUCGACAAGAUUCAGCGCGCACUUGGAGCAUUCUUGGAGAAACAACGCAACGUGUUUCCGCGCUUCUACUUUCUUGGCGACGAGGACCUGCUUUCGCUUUUGGGCUCAAGCAAAGACGUUAUGCGAGUGGGAACUUACAUCGCCAAGAUGUGGCAAGGUGUCGCCUCCGUCAUCUUUUCGGACGACAGCAGCCUCAUCGGGGUGCGCAGUCCUCAGGAUGAGUAUGUCGAGCUAGCAAGAUCAGUGCCAACGGCCGGCAUCGCUGUACAUGAGUGGCUGCAGGGGCUAGAGACUGAGCUCCGCAAGUCUGUCGCAUUCGCUAGCGAAGCUGCUCUUGCAAACCUAGCGAUGUUCUUUACGCCCUCGUCCUUCGAAGCUGAAAAGCUUGUCGACUGGAUUGAACGUCACAUUGGCCAAACGACGAUCUUGGUGCUCGGCAUCCAGUGGACCAAGCUAGUCGAGCACUCCCUCCAACAAGGCAAGGACGGCUUGUCCGCGGUGCUCAACCUGGUAGAAUCCGCGCUGGAUGCACUGGCUGACAGCGUAGUCCAGGACUUGCCGGCACUCAAACGCAAGAAGAUCGAAAACCUCCUAGUCGAGCUGGUUCACGAACGUGACGUCCUUCGUGAAUUGAUCUCGCACGGCACGAAGACCUCAGAUGAUUGGGCAUGGCAGUCUCAGAUGCGUUAUUACUCUGAGACGUCUACGGGGACCGGAAACGCACCCAGCGCUCGCAUCGAGAUGGCAGAUGCGUCCUUCUCCUAUGGUGCGUCGCGCACGUGAAGCCUGCUUCGGUCUCUGCGCGCUCACAGAUUCCUUUCCUUUCCAGGUUUCAAUUACACAGGAGUUCCCGAUCCUAUGGUGAUCACACCACUCACAACGAAGGCAUUUGGCGUCUUCACUCAGGCUUUGAAGCAGUCGCUCGCGGGCCGCAGCGAAGGUGAGUAGUGCGUUCGCUGCAAAGAAAGAUUGAUGUCUUAGUAACGCGAUAUUGCUGAUCAUUAACAGGACCUGCUGGUACCGUGCGUAUUGCGAGAAAUCUUGUUUGUGCUGGCGCUCAAGAUCACUCAUUAUCUCUGUUUGGCACAGGGCAAAACCGAGACAGUUUCGCUCCUGGGGCGCCGCCUUGGGAGAGAGGUGAUUGUGACCUGUUGUGGAGAGGAGUUCGACGCCAAGUCUAUUUCCAGAGGGCUCUUAGGCUGCGCUCGAGUUGGCAGCUGGGCCGCUUUCGACGAGAUCAAUCGUCUGAGCCCCAAUGUACUAUCAUCAAUUAGCGAGGACAUCCUCUCCUGGCAAAGCGCGCGUCGACAAGGAGGCGGCGCCAUGCUGUCUGGCCAGUCGGUGGAGCUCACACCAGGCGCAGCUGUUUUCAUUGUAAGCGAGCUGCGCAUCGAUAGUCUCCUCGUAACGAGACCUCCACUCACAUUGACAGACUUGAUCUCUCCUAGACGCUCAAUCCCACCUAUAUCGGUCGUGCGACGCUCCCGCGGUCACUCACAAGGCUCUUUCGAACUGUCGUCAUGGCCCAACCAGACAGACAGCAGAUCAUUCAGGUCCGUCGACGUAUCAUGGGUGUCAAGGGAUAUCAAGCUGACGCGAUUGACCCUUCCUCGUCUCAGGUGUUGCUGUAUGCAGUCGGUUUUAGAAGUGCCGAGUUGCUCGCUCGAAAGCUGGACCCCUUCUUCCACCUUCUCGAGUCGACGCUGAGUAAGCGCUCGCACUACGAUCUCAAUUCGCUGAGGUCAAUCAAAGCUACCCUCGCUGCAGCAGGGCAAGUGAAGCGAGCGCAAGGCGCGCAUGAAGCAUCGGGUCAGACGGUCGAUGUCGUAGAGCAGUCCCUUGCAGUGAGCGCAGUCAUGGGAGUGAUUGUGCCGAAGCUCGUUGGGGAGGACGUCGCGCUGCUAGGCGCGCUACUCGACGAUGUGUUCCCGGGUAUCCAGUACCAACCUCCUGCGCUAGAUGAACUUCGCAAACACAUCUCCGACGUAUGCCUCGAACGUCAUCUCGUCUGCGAUGGAGUAUGGCUCGACAAAAUCAUUCAACUGUACGAGAUUCAACGCAUUUCGCAUGGUGUCAUGCUUGUUGGGCCCUCCGGCACAGGCAAGUCGGUUGCAUGGUCGGUCUUACUCGAAGCUCUCCACCGGCUGGAAGGCAUCGACGGUGUCUCAUACGUCAUGGACCCCAAAGCUGUCUCCAAAGAUGGCCUAUACGGCACGCUAGAUGUGACCACUCGAGAGUGGACCGAUGGUCUCUUCACAAAUGUCCUGCGCCGCAUCGUCGACAACGUUCGGGGGGAAAGUGCUAAACGCCACUGGAUUGUCUUCGACGGUGACGUCGACCCUGUUUGGGUAGAAAAUCUGAAUAGGUGAGCCCAAUGUAUGCGCGUCUGGCUUGUCCUCCAGACUUACACGCCUUCCUCACUUCCCUCUUGGCCAUCCAUAGCGUGCUUGAUGACAAUAAGCUGUUAACGUUGCCCAAUGGAGAGCGCAUCGACUUGCCUUCGAACGUUCGCGUCAUGUUUGAAGUUGAGCAUUUGCGCUUCGCGACACCGGCCACAGUCUCGCGCUGCGGUAUGAUCUGGUUCAGCGAGGAAAGCGUCACGCCAGCGAUGCUCUAUAACAACUACUUUGGACACCUUCGAGCGAGACCUCUCGGCGCGGCCGACGACGACGACCUUGCCCCUUCGACUGCUAGGAGAGACGUAGCGAGCGGCUCAGGUGACUCGCCUGCAUCAACAGAGCUCGUAACACAACGCAUCGUUGCCGACGCUAUUGAGACCUUCUUUGCUCCUCAGAGCCUGAUCGACACUGCUCUUGCGCGCGCAGAAGACUUUUUCCACAUCAUGCCUUUCACCGCGAGCCGCGCCCUCACUACUUUGUUCUCCCUUAUCAACAAAACAGUCCGCAAUGUGUUCGACUACAACCAGCAGCAUCCAGACUUUCCUCUCGCGCCAGCGCAGAUAGAGGCGUAUGCUACCAAGCGCCUGGUGGUCAGCGUGGUAUGGUCGUUCACUGGGGAUGCGAAGCUGCACGUCCGUGCAGAAAUGGGAGAGUUUCUUGCCUCUCAAACGGGGGUCGACAUGCCUCCUCUAGACAACGGAGCAUCCCUAAUUGACUUCGAUGUUCAGGUCGCCACGGCAGAAUGGUUCGAGUGGACAACGCGCGUUCCGACCAUCGAAAUCGAAACGCACGCAGUGGCAAGCGCAGAUGUCGUCAUUCCGACCAUGGACACUGUGCGCCACGAGGAAGUGCUCUACUCUUGGCUGUCAGAGCAUAAGCCUCUGAUGUUGUGCGGCCCGCCUGGUUCGGGCAAGACGAUGACCCUAUUCGCCGCCUUGAGGAAGCUCCCAGACCAAGAAGUUGUUGGUCUCAAUUUCUCGAGCGCGACUACCCCUGAGCUCAUUCUAAAGACCUUCGACCAGCACUGCGAGUAUCGCAAGACGCCGAACGGAGUCAUUCUUGCGCCCAAGCAGAUCGGCCGCUGGAUUGUGCUCUUCUGCGACGAGAUCAACCUGCCAGCCACCGAUCAGUAUGGAACGCAGCGAGUCAUCUCUUUCUUGAGACAGCUUGUCGAAAGAGGCGGAUUCUGGCGUACUUCGGACCUCGCAUGGGUAACAUUGGAGCGGAUUCAAUUCGUAGGGGCAUGCAACCCACCGACGGAUGCUGGCCGUGUCCCGCUCAGCCAACGGUUCUUGCGUCACGCUCCCCUUGUCAUGGUGGACUACCCUGGCGAAGUCUCCCUGAAUCAAAUUUACGGAACCUUCAACCGGGCUCUCUUGAAACUAGCACCAAAUCUCCGAGGCUACGCCGAAGCACUGACGUCGGCCAUGGUCGAUUUCUACCUCGCCUCUCAAAGCCAUUUCACGCCCGACAUGCAAGCCCACUACGUCUACUCGCCACGUGAGCUGAGUCGAUGGGUCCGCGGUCUAUACGAGUAUCUCAAGCCAGUCGACGACACCAUAAAUGUGGAAGGGUUGGUCCGAAUCUGGGCACACGAAGGUCUGCGCCUGUUCCGAGACCGAUUGGUCGGUGAGGAUGAGAAAGAGUGGACGGAUAGCCAGCUUGAUGCUGUUGCUUUGGCAAGAUUUCCAACCGUGGAUCAGAAUUUGGCACUCGCGCGUCCAAUCAUCUACAGCAAUUGGCUCACCCGCAACACCAGCAGUGUAGCUUUGCCCGAUCUGAGAGCGCACACCGUCGCUCGUCUGGCGCAGUAUAGUGAAGAAGAGUUAGAGACUAGGCUCGUGCUACACGACUCAGUCAUGGCUCUGGCCACUUCCGUGGAUCGCGUCUUGCGUCAACGUCAAGGACACCUGCUCCUCAUCGGGUCAUCAGGCAGCGGACGAACCACCGUGACUCGUUUUGUCGCCUGGCUCGUAGGGCUCAGUGUCUUCACUAUCUCACCAAGUCGACGGUACGGGAUGGCCGACUUUGACGAAGAUCUCCGCGGAAUCCUUCGGCGUGCCGGAACGCAGGGCGAGAAGCUCUGUUUCAUCAUCGACGAAUCGCAGGUCCGAGAUCCAGCCUUUUUGGAGCGCAUGAACACCCUGCUGGCCAAUGCCGAGAUACCAGGGCUUUUCGAAGGAGACGAAUACAGCGCCCUGAUGACAGCUUGCAAGGAGGGAUCACAAAGAGAUGGACUGAUGCUCGACUCUCCAGACGAACUCUACUCCUGGUUCUCGAGCGAAAUCUCCAAAAACCUUCACGUCGUCUUCACCUUCAACCCCGAACAAGGGGUCGGAUCCAGAGCAGCUACCUCACCCGCUCUGUUCAACCGCGCGGUUCUUAUAUUCUUGUAG